AUGAAUCUUCUAAUUGUGGCUAAUUCAGCCGAAGUUGGAAUAGUCACACAACUAAAGCAAUUGAGGAGUAAAUUGGAAGAAGCAAAUAAGGGAACGCGCAGUACACCUCUCGAAAAUCGACCACGACUUCCCCUCAUACCCCUACGCAAGCGGAAUCAGGCUGCCUUGAGGGCUCUAAACCCAAUGCUCUCAACCUAUUUGGAAGCCAGCCGGGACCUUUGCGAGAUGGACUUAAUUCAUUUUGGCGCCGCAUUGGUGGUCUGCCGUAUCAUUGGCACCAAUAUUUCCAUGGCUGGACGCGCUACUGCACAAAGUAGUGCUAUCUCAACCUGGAGAAAAAGAAUUGAGGACCGUAUCGCAACGGCAAGAGCCCUCAUCGGCAAACUGACAAGUUUCAGGUCGGGGUAA